CCUUCCUGUUGCACAAACCUGUCAACUAAGGAGAGAGAUCAAUAUGGGGCCGACUGUCUCCUUUUUACUACCUGACAAAACAAGCCUAGGAGUAACCACAGUGCUGGUGUGAUGCGUAUGGUGGUACAGACUGAUGCGGGACAAACAUCUUGCUUUGUGACAUUAUGGUUAUUCAUCUGAGUGAUCUCCAAGCCUGUGGAGGAAUUCCAAUACAACAGCCCUAGAAGUACAACAACAGAAUUAUCUGAAAAGGGAAAUAAAAUAUAUUUUAAAAUGAAAUGGAAAAAGAUAGGGUUAGUAUUCAAUGGAAGUUCUUGAAUUAAGGCUACCUCCCCAAGAUUUCCAGGUACAGUGUCUUAUGUUUCAAUUUUCUUUAUAACUAUUUACCUUAACAUGAAACAGUUUCCUAUUUAUAGUAACUGUCUCUUUUCCUUCAGUUAAUGCUGACUGUGUUUCUUUGUAGCAGAAACGAAUGAGUUCUCAGAGGGGAACUGUGACAAAACUACUAAUUUUCUUUUCUUUCUAGGCCAGAUACUUUAAAAAAAAAGUUAAAUCAUAUAAAUGACAUUUAGGCAAAAAUGAAACUCCUGAGUUCAGAAGACCUACUCCCAAAACUCCCACCCAGCUGAUGCCUAACCUUAGGUAAAGAAAGCAUAGGGGUUUUUCUUCUAUAUAGCAUAAUAGGAGUUGUGUGUCCACCCAACAGCUGUUUCGUGUUUCAGCAAUUGUUGGCACAAGGACUGGAGCCUUCAUGUUUCAAGGUCAUGCCAGUGACUACAAAAUUAUGCCUACAUUUAUGUUUCUUCACCAAAUCCUAAGGUAUUUUUUUCUGCAGUGAAACACCUUCAGCAGGAUCUGAUGACAGACCACCACAGUGUUCUAGACUGCACCCAGGAGACGAGACGAUUCGUAAUUAUUUUCAGUCUCUUUAAAUCUUAAAAAAUGCUCAUGGGACACAAAGAAACCUGGCCUCACAUUUAAAAUAAGGGGCUCUGAGCUGACUACCAUCAACCAGGAGUAAAGCUGUCUAAUAACCACAGAUAAUUCCAUGUAAGCAUCAGCUCAGCACUUGGUAGCCAAUAAAAAAAGCAAAUCAUAUGGUAAUAGUUAUUAGGAUCAGAAGAGAGAAAAUCAUUACACAGCCAGGUAAAUCCAAGGUGCCUCCAUACUGUGAAUGUUAUCUGCAGAUCUGGUUCCCUCAUUUCAAGAAAUGAUACAGCAGAACUGGAAAAGUGCAGAGAAGAGCAAUGAGAAUGACUGAAAGCACAGAAGACUUUCCAAACAAAGAGCACCUGAAGAACACUCUUCUGUCUGGAAAAGAUGAAAUUUGGGAGGCACAUGACACAAGUCCACAAAAUCACCUUUGGACAGAGGAGACAAGCACAGAUGGAUUGUUGCUCUGUCACACCCAAUGCAAGAACCAAAGGGCAUCAAAUGAACCUGAUAGGAACCAGAUGCAAAACAGACAAAAGGGGUUGCUCUUCACACAGCAGAAAACAAAUCUCUGCGAGUCCUUGCCAGGGACAUUGCACAAUUGGCAUGGAUUCACAGGGAGAUUGGGCAAAGUAUCUUGUGCAGAGAGGCAAACUGGAGGUUACCAUACAAACUACAUGUUCAAGUCUGAGACAAAGAUAGUUGCAGUCUGAGAAACCAGCAGAGUGUAUAUCCUACAUGCUUACUCUGCUUUUACUCUUUCGUAGCCAGAUACUUGUGAGCAGGGUUAAAGAGAGGAUACUAGGUGGAAUGGACCCUUGGUCUGAAUCUCUGCUGUCAUUUUCAUUUUCUUGCGUUCUCUGUCUUGUGUUAGAGACAAAAACAAUCUGUGCCAACAGUCAAUGAGGUUGUAAACAGUCAAAUUUCUUAUAAAGCAUGACUCACUCAAUCCAUGCUCAUGGAUGGCUGACAGGGACAGGAGAAUUUUCUUCCAGCUUAGUCGCAACUACUUUUUGUCAUUGCUAAUUAGCACUUAAUUCCUUAGAGAGAAAAAAUGUUAAAAAAAAUAUUAUUUUAAGUGAGGACUGGAGAAAGCAAUAGAAAAUGCUAUUAAAAAAUUAAUAAAUUAAUUAAGAAACACUCCCAAUCUGCAAAACAAAAUUCUCCUUGCAGAGGUGCAUUGUCCCGUGAGGAUGUUUCAACUACUGUUACACUUUCCUGAGUGUUAACUUUACAAAUAUAGGAGCAGUAGAAGAGGGCGAAGGAGGCUAUAAGAAGCUCCACUCUGUCUUACAGAUUUGCCCAAAAUGCAAAAAUACAUGGUUUCCCCAAAUCACCCUGAAAUUUCUCUUAAGAGCCCUAAUAAACAUGCUCAUGUGAUUGCUAAGAAAUAGCUGGAUCUGGCUGCUGAAAUCCUUAUAAGUAGCCUUGUUCAAAGACAAGCAGGAAAUUGAAAGGAGAUAUAUUUUUUUUAAUUUUAUAAAAUUAUUAGAGAUAAGUCCAACAAUAUUUGAGAAGAAUGGAUUUUAGGAAUUAACAUGGGAACUAAUCAUGCAAACUUUUACAGCCUUAGCAAGGAAUAAGGUGGGGUUUUUUGUUUCUUUACUCCCUAAAGUACAGGCACAGCACAAUUUUUUUUCUUUGCUAUCUCUGUGAGUUAUUACGUUAUAUGGUAUGUCAAACAUAUAUAUGUUGUCCAGGUACAGUAUGUAAACUACUAGCAUUUUUCCUUUAGUUUCCCUUCUCUUACCACAACUAGACUUUAUGCUUAGGGGGGAGGGCGGAUAAAGGAGAAUAAAUAUUUUUGACUCUGUUACCAGAGGGGAUGAAAAGACAAAAAUAAAGCAUCCUACCUGAGAGAAAGUAAACUGAGGCUGUGUUUCCUGAGUCCCUGCCCAGUUUUUUACCACACUGCUUCCCACAUAAGCAGAGGAGCAUCACCCAGCAGAAUCUGGGCUCUGGCUUUAUGCUCAGCACGCUGGCGGUUGGUGAGCAACUGCUGCAGCCCCAAGUUUCCGCUAGGGUCACUUCCCAUUUCUGGAUACUGCUGUCCCCAGUGCCAGCAGCACUGUGUGUGUUACCUUCUCCUGGAGGAGCCAGGGAGAGAGCUGAGGGCUUUGUGUCUCCCCUAACACAGCACAGCCGGUGGAAAACACCAGCAGGGCAAGGUUUGCACAGAGGUUUUCUGCACACCCGCUGCGAGAGGACGCGGGUGGCUCUGUCACUCGGUGCCAGGGGCCCAAUCUGCUGGUGUCUGCCCCGGUUUCUCCAGUCCGAACCGAGCCCCAGCACCGCUGUGGUUCACAGGCCGUGCUGGAUUCUCAGGACAGAAGCUACCGAGUGCUGCUGGAAAAUGGCAGGGAGAAAAGUCCUGAUAGUCUAUGCACACCAAGAGCCCAAGUCUUUGAAUGGAGCUUUGAAGACGGUUGCUGUGGAAGAAUUAAGCAAACAGGGCUGCACUGUCACGGUGUCUGAUUUAUACGCGAUGCAGUUUGAGCCAAGAGCAACAAGAAAUGACAUUGUUGAUUGCUUGCACAACUCAGAUGAGUUCAAUUACGGAGUGGAGACCUGGGAAGCUUACAAGAGAGGAGGUUUGUCCAAUGAUUUGAUUGAAGAGCAAAAGAAGGUGCAGGAAGCAGACUUGCUGAUUUUUCAGUUUCCCUUGUACUGGUUCAGCAUGCCAGCAAUCAUGAAGGGCUGGAUGGACAGAGUCUUGGUCCAAGGAUUUGCUCACGAAUUCCCCAACUGUUAUGAUUCCGGUUUGCUGAAGAAUAAAUUAGCCCUCUUUUCUUUCACCACUGGAGGAAGCAAAGAGAUGUAUGCAAAAGGAGGUAUCAAUGGUGAUAUUCGCUAUCUCCUGUGGCCCAUGCAGCAUGGCAUCAUGCACUUCUGUGGUGUCAAAGUCCUUGAGCCUCACAUCUGCUUCGCUCCCGAAUAUGUCUCUGAGGAGAAAAGGAAGGAGAUGCUGCUUGCUUGGGCCCAGCGUCUGAAGACUCUUUGGAAGGAAGAACCCAUAAACUGCUCUCCUGAGUGGUAUUUCAAGUAAUGUUCAGACACAGGACUACAGAGAAGAAUGUUUCCAUUCUUUCUGGUGCUUCAUCUCAACAUCUGAAUGCUGACCUCGUAAUCCAUACGCAUUGUAGGUAUCUUGAGUACUACGGCUAGCAGCUUAGCUGACAAUAAAGAAUUUAUCUUUAUUUCCCGAGGGAUUCUCUUCAAUGAGUGCACAACUCUUCGUGAAGAAUUAUUCUUGCUCGUAUAAACAGUGACAUCCUGCCUGCAAGCGGUUGGUAACACAAGUGGUAUUUAAUUGCAGAUUAUACCAUUGUUGCUAAUAAAACAGUAAAGCACGUAGCCAAGCUUAACACUCUUUGUACCAACAGCUACUUUUUUUGUUGUUGUUUAAUUGGCCAGGGAAUGUACUGCCUACGCUCAACCUCAUUAUAGACAAACCUGCUCCUUCAAAUGGGAGAUCUACACUCGUGCCUUUGAGCCAUGAAGCCAGAUUGUGAAUAAUGCGAAAGGAUGUACAGUUGCACAGUGACUUAGACAACUGGAAAGUCUUCUUGGCAGCUUAGGCUUUUCCAUGUACUUACAAAUAUAUUAAAGCCAAGACAUGCCAGAAGAGGAAAGGAGCAAAUAAAAAUAUUCCACAGUAGUACAAAUA